CAGUACUACCAUCAUCCUCUCUCUUCUUCUCUCUUCUCUCUUCUCCCACCAUGAGAUUAUCACUUCCACUGCUCAACAACACAGGUAUCUUCUAUGGCUUCUCCCUCUAAGUUCUUGCUUCUCCUCACCCUCUCCUGCCUCACUUGUCUUCCAUUCAUUUCUUCCCUCUCCUCUGUCUCAAUAUCUGAGACCUCUAACCAGACACUCAUCUGUGCGUUACUGGAGUCCUCUCGUCUCAACUGUACUAGCUUUCCCACCGGAAUUCAGAUUCCCAGUGUUAAUAGAUCAUUUUCCGGGAUUGUGGCUGGAGACGGUUUCCAAUGUGUUUUAAGUUUCCCCUCCGCUACAAUCAUGCUCUGCUAUAGGUUCUCUGCUAAUGGUACUAAUAUGUACUCUAAACGACUCUACUACAACGACUCAGCUCUCACUGAAGUUGCUGCAGGAAACACCCAUGUUUGCGGCCUUGUCAAUGGUACUAAUAUCCUUCACUGCUGGCAAUGGCGAGGUUUCAAUCCCAGCGUACAGUCAGACUUUUCGGGUAUUGCCGUGGGAGAGGAUUUCGUAUGUGGGUUAUCCAGCAGCGGAAGGAUUACAUGCAUAGGAACUAAUUCCAGUUCUAGUUCUACCAUCCGCGAUCGUGUGCCUAGUGGGAGCUUUCAGAAGGUUGCGGCAGGGUUCCGCCACGCUUGUGCCAUCUAUAGGAAUCAAAGUUUGGUUUGUUGGGGAGAGACGGUUGGUGAGGAACCACAGGGUGAGUUCGUGUCACUGGCCUUGGGAGAGAAUCGGAGCUGUGCUAUGAGGGGGAAUGGAACAGUUGUUUGUUGGGGGGAGAAUGGUUUCAGUUUGCCGGAGAGUUUGCGAGAGACGGUUUUUAUGACGAUUGAAGCAAAGCGCAGUGUUUUCUGUGGAGUGGACCAAUAUAACUUUUCAUUGCUGUGUUGGGGGAAUGAGAUCUUUGACUCAAAUUCUAUGGUUUUCCCGAAGGUAUUGCCAGGCUCAUGUACAAGCAGUGAAUGUCCGAAUGGUGUAGUGCCAGGUUCUGGCAGCAUGUGUGGACGAGGACAUAUCUGCAACGCUUACCAGAACCUAACCGUGGUAGAAGGUCCAUCACAACCUCCAUCACCGCCUCCAGAAGUGCGGAACAGAAGUGGUUGGAAUGAUAAAAUGGUCGCCUUUCUGGUGGUGGGGUGUGUUGGGUCGGCCUCGUUUUUGGCUGUGAUUUGUUUCUUUCUAUUCCGGUAUUGCAAGGGUAGGGGAUGCAGCAAGGUCCAUGAUUCGGGUCGUUUGGAUGAGGCCGGGAUGCCACCAGAGCACGGUCUAAGCCAAGGACAGACAGUACAAGCUCCGCGGGCAGCACCUGUCUUAGAGAAGCGGCUGAGUCAGUUGGUUAGCUUAGGAAAUGGGGGUCGCUUGGAGGAAUUCUCUCUGCAAGAGCUACGCCAAGCUACAAAUGAUUUCUCACAGGAACACAGAAUCGGAACAGGUAGCUUUGGCUGUGUCUACCGUGCCACCCUGGAGGAUGGGAAAGAAGUUGCCAUCAAGCGAGCUGAAGUAUCAACUACUUCAUCAAAUGCAGUUGGCACCAGACGCCAGGAAGACAAGGACACUGCCUUCGUUAGUGAGCUAGAUUCUCUGUCCCGACUCAAUCAUCGAAACCUUGUCCGACUAUUAGGAUAUUGCGAAGACUACAAUGAGAAGAUACCAGCCUACGAGCGCAUCCUAGUCUAUGAGUACAUGAACAAUGGCACCCUCCAUGACCAUCUUCACAAGCUCCACAGCUCGCCUCUAAUGUCAUGGACCAACAGGCUCAGAGUGGCACUAGAUGCGGCUAGGGGGAUCGAGUACCUACACAUGUAUGCAGUCCCCCAAAUCAUACACCGUGAUAUCAAGUCAUCAAACAUAUUGCUUGAUGAGUCAUUGACAGCCAAGGUUUCUGAUUUUGGACUAUCUCUGAUGGGCCCUGAGGAUGAGGAUUCACACCUUUCUCUCCAUGCCGCUGGCACAGUUGGCUACAUGGAUCCUGAGUACUAUAGGCUUCAACAGUUGACCCCUAAGAGUGAUGUGUAUAGCUUUGGAGUACUACUGCUUGAGUUAUUGUCAGGGCACAAAGCGAUACAUAAGAACGAGAAUGGGGUGCCUAGAAAUGUAGUGGAUCUUGUUGUUCCCUACAUUGUUCAAGAUGAAAUACACAGGGUGUUGGACCCCAAUGUGCCUCCCCCAACCCCAUAUGAGAUAGAGGCAGUUACAUACAUAGGGUACAUAGCAGCAGAUUGUGUAACGCUAGAAGGUAGGGACCGGCCAUCAAUGACUGAUAUUGUACAUAGCCUGGAAAGAGCCCUGGCUGCAUGUUUCACACCACCAUCUCCAAUACCGUCGCCGCCAAUUUCGCGGUCCACAACUGGGUCUUUGACGUAGCCGUGCAGCCAAACGCUCAGCUGCCCUGUCCACACCUAGAAAGCAUACAAUUUUGUUUAUACAUUCUAUUUUUCUUCUCCAUUUGUUAAUAUUGAAAUUCAAGGCAAAAAAGUGUAAUGAUAUUGUACCUACCACAAAGAAAAAGAAACAAAAUAUGCUUCACAGCUCAUGAUUUUGACCCUGUGACUUUCUUUCAAA